AUGCAAUCCACCCCGGGUAUGGCUUUUUGUCUGAGCGCGGAGUUCGCACAGGAGGUCUUAGAUGCCGGACUGACCUGGAUCGGGCCCGAUCCAUCCGUUAUCGAGGCUCUGGGUGACAAAGUAGAGGCCCGGCACAUUGCAAUGCGGGUAGGCGCCCCACUGGUUGCGGGAAGUGAUGGCCCCGUGUCGACAGUGGCAGAAGUUCUCGCCUUCGCGCAGCAGCAUGGCCUUCCAGUCGCGAUCAAGGCCGCUUAUGGAGGCGGUGCACGUGGUCUAAAAGUGGCCUGGACCAUGGAAGAGCAAUUCCGCAUUGCCGAGGGCUUGCCGCUCUGCGUAACGCAUGCCCCCGUCCCCCGGGGUCAUUCUAUCGAAUUCCGUAUCAAUGCAGAAGACCCUGGUCAUGAUUCCCUUCCCCCUCCGGGCGUGAUCACCACCUUUGAAACCUCCUUCGGCCUGGGGGUCCGGCUAGAGAGCGGCGUUGUCGCCGGUUCCACCAUUCCAGCCGUUUACGACUCGCUCAUGGCGAAGUUGAUCAUCUCCGGCGCAACUCGUGAGCAAGUACUGGCUCGCGCGCGCCGAGCACUCCAAGAAUUUUGCAUCAGUGGGCUUCCAACCAUCCUACUAUUUCACCGUGCAGUGCUCGAGACAGAUGAUUUUAUUGGCAAAUGCGGCCUGAAAGUCCAUAUGCGCUGGGUCGAAACUGAUUUCAUCGCGAUGCCGACACCAAGAGUCCGCCCUGACCCAACUGAGACGUCAGUUAUUCGAACCAGCGUGGAAAUAGAUGGCAAGCUCGUCUCAGUGGGGAAUCUGAGCCAGCUCUUAAGCGGAUUGGGUUCUAUUGGCGUCGGUCCGGCUGCCACCGCCGAAAGAGAGCCAGAGCCAUCUCGCUCAGGAAGCGACAACAUUUUCGCGCCAGUUUGUGGAACACUCCGAGCUUGCACGGUCACAAACGCGUACGUAUCGAAGGUCGAUUUUCUCGCUGUCAUGGAGGCCAUGAAAAUGGAGACGCAGAUUGCCGCGCCGAAGGCUGGAAUUGUGCGUCUUGCUGCUAAGGAAGGUGAAUGUCUUCAGGCUGGUGAUACGCUGUUCAUAUUCCAAGAUUCAGUACUUUUGGAAAAAUAUUGA